AUGGCUGUGGCCUGCGCUUCCCCAGGGAGCAUCUUCUGUAAGCAGUUCCUAUUCUCUCUCCUGGUUUUGAUAUUACUAUGCGAUGCUUGUCAGAAAAUUUCUCUUCAGGUUCCUUCUCACAUUCCAUCUGGCACACUUGUGGGCAAAGUGAGCCUGAAGGAGUGCCUCAGCUCAGCAAGCGUCAUCAAGUCGAGUGAUCCUGACUUCAGCGUUCAGGAAGAUGGCUCAAUUUUUACCACACAGGACCUCAGUUUAUCUUCUGAAAGGAAGAGUUUCUCUAUUUUCCUUUCAGACAGUCAGACAAAGGAACCGAAAAUAAUGGAAAUUACACUGGUAAAAAGAAGAAAGAAGGUUACAGAGAAGAGACAGAGCAGAACUGCAGAAAGAAUGCUCAAGCGCAGCAAGAGACGAUGGGCUCCUAUUCCCUGCUCGCUGAUGGAGAACUCACUAGGGCCCUUUCCACAACAUGUUCAGCAGGUUCAAUCUGAUACUGCACAGAACUAUACCAUAUUUUACUCCAUAAGUGGACCAGGAGUAGACAAAGAGCCCUUUAAUUUGUUCUACAUAGAAAAAGAUACUGGAGAUAUCUAUUGUACACGAAGCAUCGACCGUGAGCAAUAUGAAGAGUUUCCGAUAUAUGCCUAUGCAACAACUGAAGAUGGUUAUGCACCAGAGUACCCACUACUAUUGUUAUUCAAGGUUGAAGAUGACAAUGAUAAUGCCCCAUAUUUUGAAACACAACUGACUGUUUUCAGUGUGCCUGAAAAUUGCAGGUCCGGAACUCCAGUGGGAAAAGUGACUGCCACUGACCUUGAUGAACCCGACACUCUACAUACUCGUCUGAAGUACAAAAUCUUGCAGCAAAUCCCAGAUCAUCCAAAGCAUUUUGCUGUACAUCCAGAUACAGGUGUCAUCACGACACUCACGCCUUUUCUGGAUAGAGAAAAAUGUGAUACUUACCAGUUAAUAAUGGAAGUGCGAGAUAUGGCAGGCCAAUCUUUUGGUUUAUUUAAUACGGGAACAAUUACAAUUUCACUAGAAGAUGAAAACGACAAUUCACCAUAUUUUACAGAAACCUCUUAUUUUACAGAAGUCGAAGAAAAUAGAAUUGAUGUUGAAAUUUUACGAAUGAAGGUUCAUGAUAAGGAUUUGCCAAACACUCCUCACUCACGGGCUGUAUACAAGAUCCUGAAAGGAAAUGAAAAUGGAAACUUCAAAAUUACCACAGACCCAAAUACAAAUGAAGCUGUCCUGUGUGUUGUCAAGGCAUUAAACUUUGAAGCCAGUAAGGAAGUAGUUUUGCAAAUUGGUGUAGUUAAUGAAGCACAAUUCUCUAAACCAGGAAACUCUCAAGCUCCUACAAUGUGCACUACUACUGUCACUGUUAAAGUUAAAGAUGCCGAUGAGGGUCCUGAAUGCCAACCUCCAGUUAGAGUUCUUCAGAGUAGAGAUGGUCUCCAAGUUGGUCAAUCUCUUCAGGGAUACCAAGCUAUAGAUCCAGAAACUCGCAGUGGCCAAGGCUUAACGUAUAAGAAGAUAGUUGAUGAAGAUAAUUGGUUUGAAAUUGAUGAAAACACUGGUAAUUUGAAAACUGUAAAAGUGCUGGACAGAGAAUCAAAAUUCGUAAAAAAUGAUAGAUACAAUAUUUCUGUUGUCGCAACGGAUGCAAAUGGCAAAUCUUGCACUGGAACAUUAGUAAUUUUUUUGGAAGACUUUAAUGAUCACCCUCCACAGAUUGCAAAAGAAGUGACGAUUUGUCAGAAUGAUAAGGACUUUGCUGUUCUUCAACCUGUGGAUCUAGAUGGGCCUGACAAUGGUCCACCUUUUGAAUUCAUUUUGGACAAUUCUGCCAGCAGGCUUUGGACAAUAGAACCAAGGGAUGGAGGCAAAACUGCCAUUAUUCGUCAACGACACACUCUCGAAAGUGAUUUUUAUAAUGUACCUAUGCAAAUAAGAGAUAGACAUGGUAUUUCUGCAAAACACAUGUUAACAGUUAGAGUAUGUGAUUGCACAACUCCAAGUGACUGUAAAAUGAGAGCUCAAGACAGAGAUGCUAAGCCAAAUGUUAUCCUUGGAAGAUGGGCUAUUCUUGCCAUGGUUUUGGGUUCUGCUUUGUUGUUAUGUAUUUUGUUCACAUGUUUCUGUGUUACUGUUAAAAGAACAGCAAAGAAAUGUAUUCCUGAAGAUGUAGCCCAGCAAAAUUUAAUUGUAUCAAAUACUGAAGGACCUGGGGAAGAAGUGACGGAAGCAAAUAUUAGACUCCCCACACAGGCAUCCAACAUUUGUGACACAAGCAUGUCUGUGGGCACUCUUGGUGGCCAGGGAAUCAAGUCACAGCAGAACUUUGAGAUGCUCAAAAGCGGCUACACUUUGGAAUCCAACAAAGGAGGUGGACACCAGACCCUGGAUUCUGUGAAGGGAGUAGGACAGGGAGGAAUGGAUGUUGGCAGAUACACAUAUACCGACUGGCACAGCUUCACGCAGCCUCGGCUUGGCGAAGAAUCCAUUAGAGGACACACUCUGAUUAAAAAUUAA